ACCGUGCGCAUGCGCAGACUGCCUUGGCGUGUCACGCGUGUGGAGGAGGUGCGGUGACAGAUCUGUAAUCCUUCCACGGAACCGGCAGAAACUGUGGUUUAAUUCCCUCUCGGUACCAUGUCGUGGCUGUUUGGACUGAACAGGGGCCAGCCCGAACCUCCCCCCGGUUUGCCGGCCCAGCCUCCGCCUCCUCCUCCGCCGGCUGGAGGCGCCGGCGGAGGAGGAGAUAAACCCAAGGACAAAUGGAGCAACUUCGAUCCCACCGGGCUGGAGCGGGCUGCCCAGGCGGCCAAGGAGCUCGACAAGUCCCGACAUGCCAAAGAAGCUCUGGACCUGGCCCGGAUGCAGGAGCAGAGCACUCAGAUGGAGCACCAGAGCAAAAUAAAGGAGUACGAAGCAGCAGUCGAGCAGCUGAAAGGUGACCAGAUCCGCAUCCAGGCUGAGGAGAGGAGGAAGACCCUGAAUGAGGAGACCAAACAGCAUCAAGCGAGAGCCCAGUACCAGGAUAAGCUGGCCAGGCAGCGAUAUGAGGAGCAGCUGAGGCAACAGCAAGUCCUAAAUGAGGAAAACCUUCGCAAACAAGAGGAAUCCGUGCAGAAACAGGAGGCUAUGAGGAAAGCAACAAUCGAACACGAGAUGGAGCUGAGACACAAGAACGAGCUCAUGCGCAUAGAGGCAGAGGCUAAAGCUCGAGCCCGCGUGGAGCGGGAAAACGCGGAUAUCAUCCGCGAGCAGAUCCGACUGAAGGCAGCCGAGCACCGGCAGACCGUCCUGGAGUCCAUAAAGACUGCCGGCGCUGUAUUUGGAGAAGGAUUCAGGGCCUUCGUGUCUGACUGGGACAAAGUUACUGCCACGGUGGCAGGGCUAACCCUAUUAGCUGUAGGAGUGUAUUCAGCCCGAAACGCAACAGGAGUGGCGGGACGCUACAUUGAGGCCAGGCUUGGAAAACCGUCUCUGGUGCGGGAGACGUCCAGAUUCACCGUGGGGGAAGCCAUCAAGCAUCCGGUCAAGACGGUGAAGCGUCUGAAGAGUAAACCUCAGGAUGCUCUUGAGGGAGUUGUGCUCAAUCCUUCCUUGGAGGAACGUGUGCGUGACAUUGCGAUCGCAACGAGGAACACGAGGCAGAACAACGGCCUGUACAGGAACAUCCUCAUGUACGGCCCUCCUGGGACGGGAAAAACCCUGUUUGCUAAGAAGCUGGCAGUGCAUUCUGGGAUGGAUUACGCUAUAAUGACCGGCGGUGAUGUGGCACCCAUGGGUCGGGACGGUGUGACCGCUAUGCACAAAGUUUUUGACUGGGCCAACACAAGCAGACGCGGGCUGCUGCUUUUCGUUGACGAAGCUGAUGCAUUCCUUCGCAAAAGAGCUACUGAGAAGAUCAGUGAAGACCUCAGGGCCACUUUGAAUGCGUUCUUGUACCGCACAGGAGAGCAGAGCAACAAGUUCAUGUUGGUGUUGGCCAGUAACCAGCCCGAGCAGUUCGACUGGGCCAUCAACGACCGAAUAGAUGAAAUAGUGAAUUUCGCUCUGCCCGGUCUCGAGGAGAGGGAGCGUCUCGUACGGUUGUACUUUGACAAAUAUGUGCUAGAGCCGGCCACUGGAGGGCGCCAGAGGCUGAAGCUCGCACAGUUUGAUUACGGCAAAAAGUGUUCAGAGAUCGCCACGAGAACGGAGGGCAUGUCAGGAAGAGAGAUCUCCAAGCUGGGUGUGGCUUGGCAGGCUGCAGCGUACUCCUCUGAGGAUGGUGUCUUGACAGAAGCCAUGAUUGACGCUCGGGUCGAUGACGCCAUCAAGCAGCACCAUCAGAAGAUGGACUGGCUUCGUGCAGAGGAGGAGGCAGCCAAGAGCCUAACGCCUCCUCCUGCUGGGGCGGGAGCUUUCGGAGGAAAAAUGGGUUUCACUCUCCCCCUGAAGGAGACGCCUCAUGCCCAGGAGGUGAUUGCUCCAAUCUUUGAAAUAAACGCACAACCAGAAUCGGCAGAGGGCAAGCCUGCCGACCCAGUGAUACAAGACUGUGCCAAUGUUGCUAAACCAGAAGCCAAGACCACAGAUAAAGGUUCAACUGAACCUGAGAGUGAAAGCAAACCAGGAAAACAGGAGAAGACUGGUUCCUCUGCUCCAAAGGAUGGGACUCCAGUCUGAGUUAUAACAGGGCUGUCAGGAUUGGAAAGAUUAGUGUUCUGCCUUCUUAACUAACUGGUCUGGACGUUCAUGUAAAAGCUAGUUGGACUGUCCACAUGACACAAGAUUAGUUAACAGCUGGGAGAGAUAGUUAAAUUUUAAUACCACAACUGUUGCCUGAAUCUUUCAAUUUCAUAUAAAAUGUAUACAAUAUGAACAUGUAGAUUACGUAGAAACAAGACAAUGUGUCUGUCAUUACACUAUUAUAAAUGUUGUGCAAAGUCAGGUUUCUCUGUAAAAAUGAUUAAAAUCUUUUUCUAACAAGAAA